AUGGUGGCAUCAUCGACAUCGGUGCCGUCAACGGCAGCAUCUCGAGCAUUGGCACGUGAUAAGCGCAAGGCUCCCGACCACUCCAUCGGUACCACAUCCAUGCCGGAUGAUAAGCGCCAACGUAUCACAAGCAACACAGUGGAGUACACCAGAAUCCGUGCCUUCGUUGUCACCUACAAAGACCAUGGCUUUCGCGACGACUUCGAGUUUCGGAGGGAGGUAGCCAACUUUUCCGAUUUCAUUUCGAAGCUCCACCUCGUGGACACUGACCCGACGCACGUGGAGAUACCGAAAGUGACCUCAGACGGAACGGCCAUUGAUUUCAUCCAAUCGAGUAUCGAUUCGCACAAGGAUUGGGAUGGUGCCGUUGGAGGGAAGCUAUUGCAAUUGGUUUAUUACCGUGGCCACGGCGUCCACGAUCAGGAACGAAAGACUCUCAUGGCCACCUCGAGAUACGAGGCUGGAGCUGAGGGGUAUCAAGCAUUCGACUGGAAUGCACUGCAGUGGAAUCGCGAUGGUGUCACGUCGACUGAUACCGUGGUGUUCCUCGACUGCAACCACGCAGGCGCGGYGAUUCAGCCUUCGCUGCAGGGCUGCAAGGAAGUCUUCGUGUCCUGUUCAGCCACAGGCAAGACGGCGGGUCCUGGUGAGGACUCUUUUUCGCAACUUCUUGUGCGCGCAGGAUCGUCCUUCGGCGACGAGUUUUCCUUGUCAGACUGGGUGGAUGAGACGACCCUGAUGGAUAUCGAAAUCAUGGCUUCCAGCGGUUACGAUCGUCUCAAUCUUCCAGUCCACAAAACCUAUGGAGAUCUUCAUUCUCAGGUUCUCUUCAAGCAAGGAAUUCGGGCUGCCGAUAAAAAGGAAAGAGAGCGGACGUCGGCAAUUUUCGCGGCAUUCGAGAUUCUUAUUGCUGCCGGGGUUGUAGAGGCCAAAGACGUGCCCACUGGAUUGAGGUUCCGGAAGCUCAAAAAUCACCCGACACUGCUGCGCGGUGACUUCACACCCAAACAAGUCUACGAAGCAUUUGGGGCAUUAAGGGACGGGGAAGCCCGCCGUAAGAUGGGUGCUGAAUGUCAGAAGGUGUUGACUGGGAGUCCGAUGACUGCCUUAGAGGUCCUGCGCAGUGUGCGCUAA